AUUGAUUGGUAGAGUUUCUCUAAGACCUUGAGACAACAUCUUAAGAAGGAAUUGUCGCCAGCAUGUCGAACUGCCGAUGAUGACUAAUCCAACUAUAAGUAGGACCUGGGGCUAUCGCCCUCAAAGCAUAACUUGGAGCCAACAUCUUCAAAUACUCCAUGAAACAACGAUUGACCCGAAGGAUGAAUCAUGGGUUUUCAAAAUAAUAAAAUCUCGAUGUCAAUUGCCAGUGCUGUCAUUCACCUCUGAUCUAGUCUGCUCACACAAGUUGGUCUAAGGAUAUUUCAAGGAAAGAGGAGACACCAUCACAUUGCUUUCGGUUGAUGCCCUCACCACAUGGUACUGCAACAAAGGUAGAGAGCCCUGAUGAACCCUUCGGCGAGAGACGGCUGGCAGCAGCCUUAGAAGAAAGUAAGAGCACCUGCAACCGGACGCCUCAAACGACAUUUUAUAUGUUCACGGACGCAUUUGGCUAGUGACGAAACGAGAGAGAGAAAAAAAUGACCCAAUCGAACCUGGAUAUCAUCCCUAUACGUCUGGACUGUCUGUGAAUCCUCGUGUUGAGAACAAAUAUAGGAAGGAUAUGAGGCUCGCAUAAACGUUCGGACCCGCUUGAUUUGUCCGUCACGUAGGACGCGACCUUAUUUCGAAUCAUCUUUUUUCCUCUCUUUCUCUUCAUGAAUCACUUACAAAUGAUCGGAUAUAUUAAAAAAAAGGAUGUGGCUGCGUGGAUGAGCCAUUAUUCAGGCAUAUUCACAGAUGUUUAGGGGGUUGUAUUUGUUAAAUCCGGUUGUAGAUGUCGAGGAGAGGCUGAUAAGAGUAGGCGGCCGUGGCAUACUACGGUUUUGUUCCCCCGCCCAAUGUUGACGCCAAUGCAAUAUGUAACGUGUGAUUUUCUGUGCUCUUCUAUGGUUGCAUUUCUCUGUAUCAAAUGUUAAAUCAGUGAAGCAUCAAUUACCAGGAUUAGAGCGACUAAUGGCCAAUCGCCUCCGCACGUCAUCGUCCCCCGCACCCGCCCCGGCCGCUCUGUUCCCAUGAUCUGCACCAUCACUUCCCCUCCAUUAGUUUAGUGAAGAUACUAAUGGUCUGCAGAUCACUUGCACCGCAGAAGAAAACCAAGAAAAUAUACUGCACGCGGAACACAUUCCAGCGGGGGCAGCUAAAAAAUGGUUGUGAACAGGAAAGUAAAGUAGGCCAUGCACGGUCCGCUGGAGGUCGUGGGAAUCACGAACGUACGGUCGCCAUCUGGCUUCCAUACCAGACAGGUCCACCACCACCACCGCAGCAGCAGUAAUCAAGCCGUGGAGCUCCACUCGAUCGCCCAUGUCCGUGUGACUCAGCCCUUAUCCCUCGGCACAGUCAUCAUCCCGUCCCUUUCUCACCACUCCCUUCUUUCACGCUCUCGAGCCGCCGAUUACAAAUUAGCACCCACCCCCCCACCUCGCUGCCCUCUCCUUCCUCUGCUCUUGCUUUGCUCGUCAUGGCGUCCAAGAGCUCGCGCGGCCCCGGCGUGGCCACCGGCGGCAGCGAAGCGGAGGAGGCGCUCCUGCUCCCGGAGCACGGAGCCGGGGCGCCUCCCGGCAACGCGUCGGUCCUCGGCGCGGUGUUCAACGUGUCGACGAGCGUGGUGGGCGCCGGGAUCAUGUCCAUCCCGGCGGCCAUGCGGGUGCUCGGCGUGGCCCCGGCCGUGGCGCUCAUCGCCGGCGUCGCGCUCCUCGCCAGCGUCGCCGUCGACUUCAUGCUCCGGUACACCCGGGGCACGCCGUCGUACGCGGCGCUGAUGGGCGGCUCGUUCGGCCGGGCCGGCGCCGCGCUGCUCAACGUCUUCAUCGCCUUCAACUGCGUCGGGACCCUCACCGUCUACCUCAUAAUCAUCGGGGACGUGAUGUCGGGCCCCGUGGGCAGCGGGGAGGCGCACGCCGGGGUGCUGCCGGAGUGGUUCGGGCCGCACUGGUGGACCGGCCGGGAUGCGGUGCUGGUGGCGGCCGCGGUGAUUCUCCUGCCUCUUGUGCUCCGGAGGCGCGUAGAUUCGCUGAGGUACACGUCGGCCGUGUCCAUCCUCUUGGCGGCGGUCUUCAUGCUCAUCACGAUGGGGAUCGCGGUCUACACUCUCUUCACCGGCACCGCCAAGAUGCCACGGAUGCUCCCGGACUUCUCCACCCUCGCAUCCCCGUUCGAGCUCUUCACCGCCGUCCCGGUCAUCGUCGUCGCCUUCACCUUCCACUUCAACGUGCACCCAAUCCGCGCGGAGCUGAGCAAGACGUCGGACAUGAAGUCGGCGGUGCGCAUCUCGCUGGUGCUCUGCUCCGCCAUCUACGCCGCGGUGGGCUUCUUCGGCUUCCUCCUAUUCGGGGAGGCCACCAUGCCGGACGUGCUCGCCAACUUCGACCGCAGCUCCGGCUCCGGCGUCCCGCAGGCGCUCAACGACGCCGCGCGCCUCAGCUACGCGCUGCACCUCGUGCUCGUCUUCCCGCUCCUCCACUACUCGCUCCGCGUCAACGUCGACGAGCUCCUCUUCCCGGGCCGCCGCCCGCUGGCCACCGACACGCGCCGGUUCGUGGCGCUCACGGCCGCGCUCAUGGCGGCGCUCUACGCGCUCGCCAUCGCCAUCCCCAGCAUCUGGACGCUCUUCCAGUACACGGGCUCCACGUUCGCCGUCUGCAUAUCGCUCAUCUUUCCCGGCGCAAUCGUUCUCAGGGAUGUUCAUGGGAUAGCGAAGAGGAAAGACAAGGCAAUGGCAGCGAUGAUGAUCACUCUGGCAGUGAUCACGAGCAGCAUCGCCAUUGCUUCCAACGUCAUGAGCUCCAUCAACGGCGAAGUCAAGGGUGUUAAUGCCGUAGCUAGUUAGCAUGUACAGUACUUACAGUUUUAUUAUAGAGCUAAAUCGAAAUUCUUUCACUGUUUGCACUGCAGUGCUUGCGGCCCCUGCAAAGUUUUUAGCAUUCCUCUGCUUUAGGUUUUGAUCGUGGCAAAUGUGAUACGAGGCAUUAUGUAUGUUGCGGUAACAGCUAGCAGAUGGCAGUCGGCCAUUGUUGUAUAAAACAGUUGGCAUACAUUUGCCGUGUAGUAUAAAUAUCAGGCGAAGGAAAUGAGCGCCUUUUGUCA